UCAGUACUCACCGCGCUCAGAGCGAUCGGCGGCUGACAAUCACUCAGCAGAGCGGCGGCAGCAGACAUGUCCGUCUCCACACAGCUGGGGCUGCUGCUGUGGAAGAACUUCACCUACAGACGACGACAGACGGUCAGUCCACGCACACACUCUGGGUUCAGUCAUCGUCUUGAAUUCCUCACCGAUCAGCUGACAGCAGGCAGGUUUCGUUUCAGGAGCUGUGGGGGGGCGGCCAGGUGGACGGUGGGAGGUCAUUUUCCCAACAAGGCGAUGCCAUCGGCGGGAACGCUGCCGUGGAUCCAGGGCAUCCUCUGCAACGCCAACAACCCCUGCUUCAGGAACCCGACACCGGGCGAGUCUCCGGGCAUCGUGGGCAACUUCAACGACUCCAUAAUUUCUCGUCUGUUCUCUGACGCCAAGAAGAUUCUUCUGUACAGUCAGAACGAUAAAAACCUGGAAGGCUUCAAGGAGCUGGCUCGAGCUCUGCAGGUGCUGCAGGCCAGUCGCUCAGGCUUCAAGUUGAAGCAUUUCCUUCGGGACAAUGAGACUCUGUCGAGCUUUCUGCUGAGAAACGCCUCCUUCCCCGAACACAGCGUCCAGCACAUCACAGAGGCCGACGUCAACCUGGAGAAGGUCCUCUUCAGAGGUUUCGGAGUCCACCUCAGAGACAUGUGUCCCAGGAAGGGCGGCAGGCAGCGUCUGGAGGACUUUGUGACCAUUUCGGACCAACAGGUGUCGAUGCUGGUACAGGAGAUCAUCUGUCAGGCUCCGCCCACCUGGCUGGACCACGCCGAGCAGCACUUCAUGGACAACCUAGACUUCUUCAAACCAAUCCGGAGGGACGUGACGUCCGACCCCGAGGCCGUCCAGCACGUUGCCAAGGCGACCAACAAGCUCCUGGACAGCCUGGGUUUGCUGGCAAUUGAGCUGGCCAGUAUGAAGAGCUGGGUGGACCUGAGGAACGAGAUCGUGUUCCUGACGAAGAACGCCACGUCGUCGCCCAGCACCAUGUACCAGGCCGUGUCCCGGAUCGUGUGCGGUCACCCUGAAGGCGGCGGCCUGCAGAUCAAAUCCCUCAACUGGUAUGAAGACAGCAACUACAAGGCUCUGUUCGGGAACCACAACAGCAGCGAGGACGAGCCGGCGGCCCUCUACGACAACUCGUCCACUCCGUACUGUAACAGCCUGGUGAGGAACAUGGACUCCAACCCGAUGUCCAGGAUGAUCUGGCAGGCAGUGAAGCCGCUGCUGAUGGGGAAGAUCUUGUACACGCCGCACACACCGGCCACGCAGAGGAUCAUCCAUGAGGUGAACCGGACCUUCCAGGAGCUCGGUGUGUUCAGGGACCUGGGUGGGAUGUGGGAGGAGAUGAGACCCAAAGUCUGGAACUUCAUGGAGAACAGCCAGCAGAUGGACCUGAUCAGGACUCUGUUGAAGAACAACGUCACCGCCGGUUUCUUCCACACUCAGCUGUCCAGCACCGGCUGGACCGUCGCCGACGUCUCCAACUUCCUGUCCAAGAAGGCGGAGGACCGGCCGGCCAGCGGCGCCCUCACCUGGAGGGAGGUGUUCAACGAGACCGACCAGGCCAUCAUGAGCAUCUCUCGCUUCAUGGAGUGUGUGAACCUGGACAAACUGCAGCCAGUCUCCACUGAGGAGCGACUGGUCAACCAGUCCAUGCUGUUACUGGAGGACAGAAAGUUCUGGGCGGGGAUCGUGUUCCCGGACAUCCCGCCCAAUGCCACCGAGCUGCCGCCCAAACUCAACUACAAGAUCCGCAUGGACAUCGACAACGUGGAACGCACAAACAAGAUCAAAGACGCGUACUGGGAUCCGGGUCCUCGUGCCGACCCAUUUGAGGACAUGCGGUACAUCUGGGGCGGAUUCUCGUACCUCCAGGACGUCAUCGAACAGGGCAUCAUCAGAGCGGUGACGGGCACCAAGGAGAAGACGGGGGUCUACAUCCAGCAGAUGCCAUACCCCUGCUAUGUAGAUGACAUCUUCCUCAGGGUGAUGAGCCGCUCCAUGCCUCUCUUCAUGACGCUGGCCUGGAUGUACUCGGUGGCCAUCAUCCUGAAGAGCGUGGUGUACGAGAAGGAGGCCCGGCUCAAGGAGACCAUGAGGAUCAUGGGACUGGAUAACGGCAUCCUGUGGUUCAGCUGGUUCAUCAGCAGCCUGAUUCCUCUGCUGAUCAGCGCCGGACUGCUGGUGCUGCUUCUCAAGAAGGGGAACCUGCUGCCCUACAGCGACCCCGGCGUCGUCUUCCUCUUCCUCGGGUCUUUUGCCGUGGUGACCAUCAUGCAGUGUUUUCUCCUCAGUACAGCGUUCGCCCGGGCUAACCUGGCAGCUGCCUGCGGAGGAAUCAUCUACUUCACCCUCUACCUGCCCUAUGUGCUCUGUGUCGCCUGGCAGGACUACAUCGGCUUCGGGGCCAAAGUCUUCGCCAGCCUCCUGUCGCCUGUCGCGUUCGGGUUCGGCUGUGAGUACUUUGCCCUGUUCGAGGAGCAAGGAGUCGGCAUCCAGUGGAAGAACCUGGUGUCGAGUCCUCUGGAGGAAGACGAUUUCAGCCUCCGCUACGCCAUCAUCAUGAUGUACUUCGACUCCUUCCUGUACGGAGUCCUCACCUGGUACAUUGAGGCUGUGUUUCCAGGUCAGUAUGGGAUCCCUCGGCCCUGGUAUUUCCCCUUCACUAAGUCCUACUGGUUUGGAGAGAAGGACGGAAAGUCCAACAAAAUCCCUCUGAGACGGAAAGGAAACCCUGGAGCGGUGUGCAUGGAGGAGGAGCCGGCUCACCUGGAGCCCGGAGUCUACAUCGAGAACUUGGUGAAGGUUUAUCGUCACGGUAAGAAGCUGGCAGUGGACGGACUGACGCUCGGCUUCUACGAAGGACAGAUAACCUCCUUCCUGGGACACAACGGAGCCGGAAAAACCACGACAAUGUCCAUUCUGACUGGUCUGUUCCCUCCCACCUCUGGUACCGCCUACAUCCUGGGCCGAGACAUCCGGACAGAUCUCAGCGCCAUCAGACAGAGUCUGGGAGUCUGUCCACAGCACAACGUCUUGUUCAGCAUGCUGACGGUGGAGGAGCACAUCUGGUUCUAUGCCCGGCUCAAAGGCCUGUCAGAGGAGCAGGUGAAAAGUGAGAUCGAGCAGAUCCUGCAGGACACUGGACUGCCGCACAAACGCAGCUCCAGGACCAGCACCCUGUCAGGGGGCAUGCAGAGGAAGCUAUCAGUGGCGCUGGCCUUCGUCGGCGGGUCAAAGGUCGUGAUCCUGGACGAGCCCACGGCCGGCGUGGACCCCUACGCUCGCAGGGGGAUCUGGGACCUUCUGCUGCAGUACCGACAGGGUCGGACCAUUAUCCUGUCCACUCACCACAUGGACGAGGCUGACAUCCUGGGCGACCGCAUUGCCAUUAUCUCCCACGGGAAGCUGUGCUGCGUGGGCUCGUCGCUGUAUCUGAAGAACCAGCUGGGAACAGGCUACUACCUGACGCUGGUGAAGAAGGAGCCGGAACCAUCGCUCAGCUCCUGUCGCAACUCAUCCAGCACCGUGUCCUUUACCAAGAAGGAGGAGGAGUGCGCCUCGGUGAGCAGCAGCGACGCAGGACUGGGCAGCGAACAUGAAAGUGAGGCCGCUACCAUCGAGAACGGCCCAGCGGCGUCCAUCUGCAGCGUCCCCUUCGUCCCCCCAGACGUGUCUCUGGUAUCAGGCCUGAUCCUGCGCCACGUCCCCGCCGCCCGCCUGGUGGAGGACCUGGGACACGAGCUGACCUACGUGCUGCCGUACAGUGCUGCCAAGGACGGCGCCUUCGUGGAGCUCUUCAGAGAUCUGGACAUGAAACUGCCCGACCUCGGCAUCUCCAGCUACGGCGUGUCUGACACCACACUGGAGGAGAUUUUCCUGAAAGUUGCUGAAGAUAACGGAGUCGACACUGAAGUGCCCUCAGACGGUACACUGCCUGUUCAGAGGAGGAGGAGGACUCACGCCUUCGGUGGAGGAGACCAUCAGAGCUGCCUGAAACCUUUAACUGAAGAUGACAACAAUGAAUGCAACGACUCAGAGGGAGACCCUGAAUGCCGAGAGACGGACUGGCUGAACUGCACUGACGGUAAAGGCUCGUAUCAGGUCACAGGCUGGAGUCUGAAGAGGCAGCAGUUCGUGGCUCUGAUGUGGAAACGCUUCCUGUACGCUCGCCGCUCCAGGAAGGGCUUCUUCGCUCAGAUCGUUCUUCCCGCCGUGUUCGUCUGCAUCGCUCUGGUCUUCAGCCUCAUUGUGCCGCCGUUUGGAAAAUAUCCCAGUGUGGAGCUGCAGCCAUGGAUGUACGAGGACCAGGUGACCUUCAUCAGCGACGACGCUCCCGGAGACCCCAACAUGCAGAAGCUGCUGAACUCUCUGCUGGACGCUCCGGGCUUCGGGACUCGCUGCAUGGACGGACAUCCCAUCCCAGAGGCUCCCUGUACGAUGGGUGACGAGGACUGGCACACCCCCGACGUCCCCGACAGCGUCCAGCAGCUGUUCAGCUCUGGGAACUGGACCAUGGAGGAUCCGUCUCCGGCCUGUUUCUGCAGCUGCGAUGGCCGCAAGAAGAUGCUGCCGGACUGCCCUCCAGGAGCCGGAGGUCUGCCCCCCCCAGAGAUGAUGCUGAGCGCCACCGACACUCUGCAGAACCUGACAGGAAGAAACAUCUCCGACUACCUGGUGAAGACUUACGCUCAGAUCAUCGGCAAGAGCUUGAAGAACAAAGUGUGGGUCAACGAGUUCAGGUAUGGAGGCUUUUCAUUGGGCGCCAGGAGCACUCAGGUCCUGCCACCGGCCAAUGAGAUCGACGACGCCAUCGAGAGAGUUCGAAAGAUCUUUGAGUUACAGAAGGGAGCUGCAGCAGAUCGGUUCCUCGACAGUCUGUCCGGUUUCAUCAACGGCCUCGACACCAAGAACAACGUCAAGGUCUGGUUCAACAACAAAGGCUGGCACAGCAUCGGAGCCUUCAUCAACGUCAUGAACAACGGCAUCCUGAGGGCCCACCUGCCUGCAGGCGCAGACCCCAGCAAGUACGGCAUCAGCGCCUUUAACCACCCGCUGAACCUGACCAAGGAGCAGCUGUCCCAGGUCGCCCUGGUGACGACCUCCGUGGACGUCCUGGUGUCCAUCUGCGUCAUCUUCGCCAUGUCCUUUGUCCCGGCGAGCUUCGUGGUCUUCCUCAUCCAGGAGCGAGUCAGUAAAGCCAAACACAUGCAGUUCAUCAGCGGCGUGCAGCCGUUGCUGUACUGGGUGGCCAACUUCAUCUGGGACAUGUGCAACUACAUCGUCCCGGCAACGCUGGUUAUCCUCAUCUUCGUCUGUUUCCAACAAAAAGCCUACGUGUCAUCGACCAACCUGCCGGUGCUCGCCCUGCUGCUGCUGCUCUACGGCUGGUCCAUCACUCCCCUCAUGUAUCCGGCUUCCUUCUUCUUUAAGAUCCCCAGCACAGCGUACGUCGUCCUCACCAGUGUCAACAUCCUCAUCGGCAUUAACGGCAGCAUCUCCACCUUCGUCAUGGAGCUCUUUGGAAACAACGAAAUCGGAGGAAUAAACGACAUCCUGAAGAACGUCCUCCUCAUCUUCCCUCACUUCUGUCUCGGUCGGGGACUCAUCGACAUGGUGAAGAACCAGGCGAUGGCCGACGCCCUCGAGAGAUUCGGUGAGAACAGGUUCCGCUCUCCUCUGGAGUGGGACAUGGUGGGAAAGAACCUGUUCGCCAUGGCUGUGGAGGGAGUGGUCUUCUUCCUCAUCACCGUCCUCAUCCAGUACCGGUUCUGCAUCAAACCCAGGUCUGUCAGCAAACUCACCAAACUGGGACCUCUGGGGGAAGAGGACGAGGACGUGGCCAGAGAAAGGCAGCGGAUCGUCCACGGCCUCGGACACGGAGACAUCCUGGAGCUCCGGCAGCUCACCAAGGUGUUUAAGAGGAAGCAGAAGCCGGCGGUGGAUCGACUGUGUGUCGGCAUUCCUCCCGGAGAGUGUUUCGGCCUCCUCGGUGUGAACGGAGCCGGUAAGACGACGACCUUUAAGAUGCUGACGGGGGACACGUUGGUGACCAGUGGAGAGGCCUUCCUGGCCGGGAAGAGCAUCCUGAGGGAGAUCGAUGAGGUCCAUCAGAAAAUGGGUUACUGUCCUCAGUUUGACGCCAUCAACGAGCUGCUGACCGGCAGAGAACACCUGGAGCUGUACGCUGUCCUCAGAGGCGUCCCCGAGAAAGAAGUCUGCGACGUGGCGGAGUGGGGCAUCAGGAAACUGAGUCUGCUGAAGUACGCAGAUAAAGCAGCGGGAAGCUACAGCGGCGGCAACAUGAGGAAGCUGUCCACGGCCAUGGCUCUGAUCGGAGCGCCCCCUGUGGUGUUUCUGGACGAGCCCACGACGGGCAUGGACCCCAAGGCCCGCCGAGCCCUCUGGAACUGCAUCCACAGCGUCAUCAAGGAGGGACGCUCCGUCGUCCUCACCUCGCACAGUAUGGAGGAGUGUGAGGCUCUGUGCACCAGAAUGGCCAUCAUGGUGAACGGCAGGUUCAGAUGUCUCGGCAGCGUCCAACAUCUGAAGAACAGGUUUGGCGACGGUUACACCAUCAUUCUGCGGGUGGCAGGGCUCGACCCCGACCUGCUGCCCGUCAUGAAGUUCAUCGAGAGUGAGCUGAGCGGCAGCACGCUAAAGGAGAAGCACCGCAACAUGCUGCAGUACCAGCUGCCCUCAUCGCUCACCUCCCUCGCUCACAUCUUCUCCAUCCUCGCCCAGAACAAAGACACGCUCCACAUCGAGGACUACUCCGUCACCCAGACCACACUGGACCAGGUGUUUGUGAACUUUGCGAAGGACCAGAGUGACGACUAUCACUCCAAAGACAACUCUGUGAGGCGGAAAGACGUCGCCAUCGAGGUUCCGUCACUGAGCUCCACCUGCGGAGCCGCCACAGCGGGAGGUGGGUUGAGGGAGAGUGUCAUGUGACCACGCACAUGAUGUCUUGCAACAUUUGGAGGCUGCAGCUUCGGCCUGGACUCACCCGGGGCAGGAUGGUCCUCCUCACCUGUUGUAAUGCCAUACCGAUCUGAACACGGCGGUGGGCGGAGUCACCUGCUGCCUUAUGCCAGUCAAUGCAAAUGAUUUUGUGUGUCGGCGAGUGGCUCGCUGACCACACUAAGUAAAAACUUGAAUGAGUGCCUUCAGACCUCCUGCAGCUGCGACGCCUUCCUUCACUUCCUGAUUGAAGCUGAAGGACUUGAGCAUCUGCUGAAGCUACGAUGAAGAAUCUGAAUCAUUUCAAACGGCCAAGGGCUCGACUGCAAAAUCACACUUUUAAAAACAUUUGAUUCCAUUUUUAUUGUCAGACUUUUAUUUAUAUGUGUAGUUGAAACAGAAAUUUGUUGUUUUAACAGCCAAUCAGAGCGUUUGACACAGGAAGAGUUGAUUGAUUUUCUAGUUUUUUAAGAAAAGAUGAUGAAAGAGCAGAUUUGUUAGUUUGGGUGUGAAACAGUGAAAUACCUCAUCAGCUCCUGAAAGCACACUACAGUAUUGAUUGAUCAGGGAUUGAUCGGUGAUCGCCCUUGUGUGACAGCAGCUGAUCAGACUGCAGCACUUUAAGUGUUCAAAACAUCCGUUUGUCUUUGCACUGAAAUCAAACCUGCCUUCUUCUGAUCAUGUUCAUUGAUUGUGCAGCUGAUGGAAGACGAACUGUUACGACCCCGAACUACCAGAAUUAAAAUGAAACAAAUCUCCAGCUU